AUGGCAUUGCACAUCACAGAUCUUCGGUGCUUUCUCAGCGGCCGACCAUGUCUCGCUGUUUUUCCUUCUCCCCGUUUCCCGUCAUCUCACGGGCAUUUAAGCCCUACCCCCACCUUUCUCUCUUCGACCACCAUGCGCACCGUCGCGUCCGCUCUUUCGCUCUCCCUCCUCCCACUACUCGUUACAGCAGCCUUCUCCCCAGUGCGCGAAUACAAGGGCCAGGACUUUUUCUCGCAAUGGGACUUUGACGACAAGAUCGACGAUACGACUUGGGGGAACGUCACCUACCUUGGUGCCCCGGCAGCCAGCGCUGCGAAGCUCGUCGAUGUAAAUGCGGCGGGCAAUGUUAUCAUCAAAGUGGACAACACGACGGUCAUCCAGCCCGCCUCUCUGGUCCAUCGGAACUCGGUGCGAAUAACUUCCAAAGACACCUAUGGCGUUGGGAAUGUCAUCAUCGCGGACUUUGUCCAUAUGCCCUACGGUUGCUCUGUCUGGCCUUCGUUCUGGCUACUUGGGCAGGGUGCGGAGUGGCCCAAUGCUGGCGAGAUCGACAUCGUCGAGGGUAUCAAUCUUUACGAGAACAACCAGUUCUCGUUGCACACCCCUGCAGGAUGCCAACAGCCGGAUAGCGUCAAGCAGACGGGCAGAAUUCUCUCCACCAACUGCGAAUCCGUGUCGGGCACUAACAAGAACGGGUGUAUUACGGAGGAGACCAAGCCCAACUCCUUUGGCAAGGGCUUUGCGCAGGCUGGCGGAGGAGUUUUCGCCCUCCAGAUAGAUGUCACUGGUAUCUUCAUGUGGUUCUGGACCAGAGCAGAGAUCCCCAAAUCUAUCACGUCGUCCACGUCCACCUCGACACUUGACCUCACAGACUGGGGCAACCCCAGCGCCGCCUACCCCGCCGUUUCGUGCAACGUCACCGAGUUCUUCAAGCCUCAGAACAUCAUUCUCGAUAUUACCCUGUGUGGCCUAUUUGCCGGCGCUUUGUACUCCAGGACCUGUCCCGGCAACUGCGUCAACGACAACAUCAUCGGCAGCGGCGCCGGCUACAGCACCGCCUACUUCGAGAUUCCUUACAUUCGGGCUUACAGUGCGGCGGCGGCGCCAGUGCCGUCGGCUUCGUCGUCCCAGCCCGCAGCCUCGCACGCGCCGAGCCCUUCCGCCGGGGGGAAACACCGGCGCUACCGACAACAGCAACAGCAGCAAUAG